CAUGCAUGUCUUGUCUAUAUCCAUUUACUCACUUGGAACUACACAUGAGUCAUGCCAAUCACCAGCAGCUCUGAAACCUUUGCGAGCUUCUUCAAUGACUGGCUUCGUCGUCACAGGCAAUUUGUCCAACAACUUGCACACCUUGCUGAUGAAACAACCACUGUAACUCCAAUAGAAGAAGAAUCUCUUCUGAGUAACUUUCUUUCUCACUGUCUCCAAUACUACGACGAGAAAUCAGUUGCCAUGUCCGUGGCCGGUGACGAUGUAUAUGUUUUCUUCUCCCCACCAUGGCUCAGUUCAUACGAGAAACUCAUCCUCUGGAUCGGAGGUUUCAAGCCAGGUAUGGUUUUUAAACUCAUAACCACUUCUGUUAACGACCUUACGAGCCACCAAAUAGACCAACUUGAGAACAUCCGGUCGGAGACUAAAAGGAGGGAGAGUGAUUUGAUGCGAAGGUUUGCGCUUCUACAACAGAGCGUGGGGGAUCCACUUCUGAUGGUUCCGUUUAGACGCAUCGGAGUGUUGACCCUUGGCGAAGGAGAGCAGUCACAAAUGGAGGACGCAAUGGAUGUUCUGAAGGCAGAGAUGAUUACGGCGAUGAAGAACGCUGAUCAACUCCGGUGUGUGACGGUGGGGAAAGUGGUGGAGGUUUUAAAUCCACGGCAGGCGAUUAAGCUGCUAAGAGCUGCCGGAGAGUUUUAUCUCCGGCUGAGAGAUUUAGGUGUGCAUAUAGAAACAGUGCGUUGAUAGGACUAAUGUUCUUCUUUUGUUUUGUGUUUUGUUCUAAGUAUUUCGAUAGCAUGUUUGGUCUUAUAAGUGAACAUCAUUUAGUCUGUAAUAAAAAAAAUCUCAGUAGUUAUGGGUAGGUUUGGGCUUUGGACAUGAGUUUUGUAUGUAAUUACGUUUUAUGCCAUCGUAGUUUUAGUUCUCUAGUGAGAGUUGAUCCUUCUUUGUAAAUGAUUAUCAGAUUUUGAUGAAUGAUGUAAGAAAGAGAGUGGUUUAUUUAAUCAGCCAAUCUUCUAUCCCUUUUAUCAUUUUCUUCCCCAAAUUUGUCUUCUUCUUUAUGUUCGAUUGUAAUAAGUUUAAAUAAACAAAUACAAUUGUU